AUGCCAGAUUCAAACUCACAGGAACUCCCAAGCCAAACAGACGAGAUGUUCCACUUCCUAAAACAGGUAGAUCCAAAAGAGAAGGAGGCUGUCUACAGUAAGGCACUUACGAUGCUAUCCAGUGAUAUGUAUUCCAUGCACAUAUUCCUGAAUUACAUUGAUUUUGUAUUGCAUAAAGAAGACCCAGAAGUUCUUGAAAAGCUGUAUACUGUGCAUAAGAACAAGUUCAAGGCGUAUCACGCAUUCUGGAAGAGACUCAUUGAGUUCUCUGUGGUCAAUUUGAAGAAGGACUUUGAUAUGGUGCUGGAUAAAGUUGUGAGAUAUCUGAAGGCAAAUGAAUUCAUAGGCAGGGAUGAAAUGAUGGAAUAUUUUACAAGCAAUAGAAGCAAGAUACAGAAUGACAUUAAGAACAGCAGAAACAUGAGCUAUAUGGCACUUUCAACACCAAUAAAAAGCAACCUGAAUAAUCCAAGUUCCUACAAGGAUGUAGAAACAGAACAGGAAAGUGAUCCAAUUGACCCUGAUGAUUUCUACUCCAUUUUUGGCAGUGCUAAGAAGAAUAAGCUUAAUUUGGAAGUAAAAAGCAGUGACCUGGGAAUUGAACUCGCCCGUGGCACUGAAACUGUUAGCAUAAUUCAUGAUAAAAUCACUGGUGAUACGCAAGAAUUGAUGGAUCGAAUUGUGGAAUUAAACAGCUGCAAAACACAUGUAACUGGUGGAAGUAGGAAGUUCUGUAGCAAAAUAGAACACAUAAACAUACAGAAACCAGUUGAGAUAGAAAAUGAAGAAGAAUCAGGUUCUACACAAAAUACGAGUGUAUCUAAGAAGUCAUUGAGCUUCCUACAGGACCAGAAGCAUCUUCCAAUAAUAGAAAAUACACAGCCAUUGAACAAUAGUGGUCAAAUUGCAUUCAACAGAAUGAACAUAAUUUAUUUGGAAAAAAUAGGUAAAGGUGGAUUCAGUACAGUCCACAAAGUGAUGCACAAUAACAAGAUAUACGCACUAAAGAAGAUAUUCAAGGGUGAUUAUGAUAAAGAGGUGCAGAUAUUGCAAAAGUUGAACAGGGUAUCGGAUAACUAUGCUAUUAAGAUGGUGGAUUACAAGCAGAAUGUAACUGAGGACAUCAUUGAGAUUCUUUUUGAAUAUGCUGAAAUAGAUUUGCAGAAUUAUACGAACAAGAAUGCGUAUUCCAAUCACUUCAUCAAACACAUUGCACUGGAAAUGCUACAGAUCAUCGAAUUCAUCCAUACCAAUGGAGUCAUUCACAAGGACAUCAAACCAAGCAACUUCGUAUUCGUCCAAGGUCGUCUCAAAGUGAUUGAUUUUGGAAUAUCUAAGGAAAUGGGCCCAGAUACAACCAGCUGUUUGAACAACAAAGAGGGUACAUUCUACUAUAGUUCACCAGAAGUGUUUCUGAAGCAGAAAGUGGGUCGAUCUGCUGAUAUUUGGUCAUUUGGCUGCAUUAUGUACUAUUUGUACUAUAAGGAGACUGUUUUCAAGCACGAUGAUAUGCACCGUCUUUCAGAAAUCACCCAAAAAGAGAUCAAAUACCGCAAAACAGACAGAAAUGGUCACCAAAUGGAUGAAAGGGCAAUUGACCUGAUGAAACUCAGCCUGAAAAUUGAUCCUAAGGAGAGACCUAAAGCAGAUGAACUACUGAAAUAUCACCCGUUUUUCAUUCAGUAA